AGUUUAGCGGCUUGAUUGUUUCAUUGGUUCUUGAGGUGACGUCACAAGGAAGCGACAAAGUGAGUUGCCAAGAGACGGCGGUUGGCUGAUGGAGGCGGAAGGAGCGCUGAAUGAAAGCGUGCGAGUGUUGCAGGCCCAUGUGCGUGGGUUUCUUACCCGCCGCAGAUUAAGAAAUGUACGGGAAGACUAUUUGGCCUUGGUACGAGAAAUUGAAGGAGAAGAAUCACAUUUGCACUGGGAGACAAAUGUAUUCUCUAUACCUCGUUUUAUCAGAGAGAAAAAAGUCCAGCAAAAGUUGGUUCAACAACAUGUGAAUCCUGAUUCAAAGGAUACAUCACCAGUUCAAGUUCCACUGAUAUCUGAACAAAAAGUUAACCCACUUCCUGAUGCAUGGCGCAAAGAUCAUGAAUACCUCCAGCACACCGAUCCGGGGGAGAGCCUAACAAUAAAAGACAUGGAAGCGAACAGUAUGCUUGAAAUCAUCCCAGCAAAGAGUAAAAGUCUGUUAUUUACAAACCCCAAGAGUCCUGUGGCUGGUUUUGAUUCAGAGAAAAAGUGCCUAGAACACACAAAACAAGAGGAAGAUGCUGAACAGGGAGAUUCUGAGAAAGGUUGUUUAAAAAUCUAUCCUGUCAGAGAAAGAGAGCCAACUGUUAAACAGAGAGGAAGUGAAUUUGCAGCACAUAACGGUCAGAGCCAACAGAGCCUAGAAUGGAGCACCGACAGCUGGAUAUGGAAGGGCAAAGUGUUAGAUGAAGGAAUCCCCUUUGAAAAUCUGAGUGAGCUGCAAAGGCAUCGGAGCCACCUGGCCAUGGAGAUACUGUGGGUACAGCAAGCAAUUGCUAGCCGUAAGAAUUAUCUAAUGGUUAGACAAAGGCUGGGCAUCGUGGACAGAUAGGAAAAACAUUAUUCUGGCCCCAGCUGAAAGUGAUGGAUUUGCCUGCUGGAUGGAUCUACAACCCUGCUCCAGACACAGCCUUAAUAUGUGAAUAUUUAUUCGCCUGACAGACAUUACUGGGAAUAUUAUGGACACCUAAUGGUUCAUUACAUUUUAAGCAUUAAAAAUUUUUGCAAAAGUAAAAAAAAAAGCUAUACGUUUUGUUAAUAUAUUGUGAUGUUUAUUUAUUUGUAUAUUUUAAACCUUUAAUAAAAAUGGGAUUAACCUUCC